UCAGCAAUUAUCAGCCACGGUCCCUAUCUCCACGCGACGGAGGACCACGGGAGGACAAGAAAUCAUUCGAAAAUCCCGGACUUACUUGACAGGACUAUUGCGUAGAAGCGCCUGCAUGCUUUGGAGUCAGUCACUCGCCUCCUUCCUUGCACAAAGUUUGCUUUCGGGGCGCUCUCCCUUGGGUGACGUUUGGACCGCUACAGAGCUGGGCUGAUUUUUUUCUUUUUUUUUUUCUUUUUUUUAUCACCCGGUUGGUCUUAUCUGGAACCCUGGGAAGAGAUCGAAGGAGUGUGGACAAGGUCUCCCGUGCACGUAGGACUGAGCCCAGCCCUCGACCCAAAUUCCUUUUUAAAAUCAAGACCUGAAGGAAGAGAGGAAAAUGUAUCAAAGCCUGACCUUGUCGUCCAACCAGUCCCCUUACUCACAUGACACCGGGAAUUAUAUGCACCCCUCGGCCAACUCUCCCGUCUACGUCCCGACCAGCAGGGUCCCGGGCAUGCUGCCCACCCUCUCCUACCUGCAGACCUGCGAGCCGCCUCACCAGUCCCACGGCCUCGGUGCCCACCACCACCACCAUCAUCACGCCCAUCACGCCUGGCCCCAGAGCAACGCGGACGGCUCGUCGUUUGCGCCCAGCAGCCCUCACCCGUCACACGGCUUCUCGUACUCGCACAGCCCGCCGCUGAGCACCAACAACGGCCGGGACGCCGCCUACCAGAGCCAGCUUGUGCUCGGCAACAGCGGCCGAUCGGAGCAUCUCGGCGGUGCUCUGGUGCGCCCAGUGGGAGGCUCUUACACUGGCCCGUACGCCUACAUGAGCCCGGAGAUGGCGACAUCCUCGUGGACACCGGGACCCUUCGAGAGCGGAGUGAUGAGUCUGCAGGCCCGUCAAGGAGGCAUGUCAACACGGCGCUCCAGUCUCGAUCUGGUGGAAGACAUGUCCGCCGAAGGCAGGGAAUGCGUUAACUGCGGCUCCAUCUCCACGCCACUGUGGCGCAGAGAUGGCACCGGACACUACCUCUGCAACGCCUGUGGCCUCUACCACAAGAUGAAUGGCAUCAACAGGCCGCUCAUCAAACCUCAGAAACGACUGCAGAGCACAUCUCGUCGAGCCGGCCUGUGCUGUACCAACUGUCAUACUAGCACCACCACGCUGUGGAGACGGAACGCUGAGGGCGAGCCAGUGUGUAACGCCUGUGGUCUCUACAUGAAACUGCACGGGGUGCCCAGACCUCUGGCCAUGAAGAAAGAAAGUAUACAAACAAGAAAGCGCAAACCCAAGAUGCCCAAGAACAAAUUACCAACAGGAGCACCCAUCACCUCUGACAGCAGCUCGCCAUCGUCGCUCUCAGUGUCUGAACACGCCUCAACCAUCAAGAGUGAACCCAACAUGACCUCUUCACCCUACGCCGGGCAGACUGUCACAUCCGCCUCCCAGACGGCUACCCAGUUAAACACUACAGUGUCCUCAGCACAUAUGGACAUUAAAUAUGAGGAUUAUGCCUUUACUCCAACAUCAAUGGCCCCACAGAACUCCUGGUGUGCUCUAUCUCAAGCUCUAUCUCAAGCAUGAGCCCAAAAGCACAGUCACUCAGGCUCAAUGUCUUACUGGCCGGGACAUCUGAUGCACACACACACACACAGGCGCGCACACAUGCGCGCACACAUUUGAUCCACAAGUGAGGGGGGAUGAAAGCAUAUGAUCCACUUGCAAUGUACCACCGACUUUGCAAAUACAGACUUAAAUGAAAGUCAACCAACCUCCAAGAUGCAGGAUGCAAGGUACCUGUACUUCACAAACUACCUAUUAUGGAGCAAGCAAAAGCACCAAUGCAAAAAUAUAAUCAUAUGACUCGGAAAGCGAGAGAAACGUACACAAAUUUUACUUCCAUAACAUUUUCUUUGAAGUUGUUAUUGUUGUGGUUUUUUUUGUUUUGUUUUUUAAAUUUCAACAAACACAACGAGGACAUGUUACUAUCGCGGCAGAAAUAAAAUGGAAAGAAAAACUUUUUUUUAUGGCUGUUGAACACAACUCAUCUUCAGCAUGUAGAUGAUUGACUUUUAUAGGCGCAUUAUUUAUGUUGAGAUAAGGGCAGUUAAGUCACCAUAUAUCAUUUGACUCCACUUCUCCCUGCCGGUUGGCCAUUUUGCGUGAUCUCCUUGCAGGGUUUGGUAAGCAAUUAGUUUGAGGUAUGACGGUUAAAAAUUUAAUUUCGAAUUGUUCAUUUUCAGGUGUUGCGUAUGUAUCAGAGGUUUUCCCCCAAACAAUUGACUGUAAAAGUGCAAUGGUUCCAUUAUGUGAAAUAGUUAAAAACAAUGUAAUUUUGUAUUAUGACAAUAAUGACAUUUUUGUUAUUGUAAUAUUUUAAAUAGUAUGUCACCCUCUGUUUCUUGUCUCUUAUCAAAGUCCUUUGGAAUCUUUGCAGCUUGAACUAGUUUACUAUUUAUUAAUUUGAUUGGUAAGAAAAGAAUGAAAGUAAUAAAAAGUAAGUCUCACUGCAUAUAGAGAUCAUAUUUCUGUCCAAAAAAGGACCUUUUAAAGUUCAGUUUGUUCCAUAUUUGUUGAUUCCACACCUUUGGGAUUUAACCGAUUACAAUUUAUUUAUAUGAGAACAGAUGACACGACAUGACCAGUAAUUUACCAAUGCAGGUCUGCACCUUAUUCUCAGUGGGUCAUAAAAACAAACCUAUAACCAUCCCCUACACUCAAUAUACUGUAUUCUCACAAGAAUUCAAUAAUGCAGCUUGUGAUGCAGAGUCCUGUUAUCACAUACUCUAAAAAGUGUCACUUUUGGUAACAAAGAAGCUUGAUUAAACAUUUUAUUCUGAAAAAGUGUCCCAAAAUAGGUUUUCUUAUUACACACAGUGCAAUACAUGCAAUAUGCAGAAAAUAAAAAAAAUUCAUUUGCACUGUCUUUGUUAUCAUUUCAAAAUUGUUCCAAUAAUUAUUUAUAAACGUUAGAGGAAAUGCAUACAUUAUCCUUGCUGCUAACAUGUACCUGAAUAUCUCAAUUGUAUUAAAAUGUAAUGUGUAUAUAAAAUAUCCCUCUUAAUGACUGAAGCUGCCCAACUCAUUUCUGAUUAAUUGUGGAAAAUAAUGUAAAGUAUUUUGAAUAGUUUUCAACUAUUAAUUGUCCCUCACUAUUUCAAAAAUAGAAAAUAAUAUAUAAACAAAACUUGUUGAAGUAGCUCCAGCCCCUCAUAGAAAGUUCCUCUUUGUAUUAUUACCAAUGUGCAAUAUUCUUAAUUGUACUAUUUUUCUGUGUAAACUACUGGAACCAGAAUUUCCUGAAGGAGCAAUCCCAAGGGAUUAAUAAAAUUGAGUGUAAAUCUAUAAUC